AUGAGCACUUCUGUUCCAGUGAGCCAUAGCUAUCCUCGCCUUUUCACGAGACAAGUGAUAGAGCUCUGGGAUUACCAGUGGAAUCCUGUCCACCAGCGGUAUGACCGGGUUUGUUUUAGGCCCUUGCAUUUGUUUGAGGAUGAGGCCAAUCCACAGGACCCCUCUGAUGGGGAGUUUUAUCGCCCAUACCCCAUCAUGGUGAACGAGUUGGAGGAAAACGUCCAGCGGAGGAUGGUGCCACCUAACAGACCGCCACCGCCCAACUUUGGUGCUAGCCCCAGACCAGCUAUUGUGGCCAUUCCGGUGAGAAGCCCAACGGUACCUGAGUUCCCAGCCAGUCCCGAUCCUGUGGAACCUUACUCGCCCACAGAUACUCCUACGAAGAGGGUCACACCGUCUCCACCUCCCUACUCACCAAACAGGACGCAUUGUGACCGGUCCUACUUUGUAGCGAGGCAGGACCAUCAUUUCGCUUUGCCAUUGGACUGCCCGGACAAUCGGCCAGCUAGACCAGCGGGAACAUUUUCACCAGCCAAUCCGCCCCUCCAGCCCCCUCCUCAGCCUCGACGUACGCCAAUCCGGAGGAGAGCACCAUCUCCACCCCGACCGGUAGGACGUGGAAGAGAAGGAGUCUAUCCCGUAGGGCGAGGGAGAUCGGGGCCCUAUGUUCCCCCGGUCAUUCCGUCAGAGGCCUCCGCUUUUGCCCGGCCAUUUCAGCGGGCCAGGAAUUUAUUUGCCGAUUUUGUACCGAGCAGUUCAACCUCUCCUCCACCCAUGGUGCGAACCUUUCCUGGACCUCCGCCGCCGCUGCCUCAGCCUCCCAGGACUCCAUCUCCUCAGCCUCCCAGGACUCCGUCACCAGCUCCCAGGGCCCCGUCUCCGCCGCUUCCCAGAUGCCGCCGUCCAGGACCCCGUCUCCGGACAUUUUCCUGGAGCUUUACCAACACGGCAGACAUCCAAUUGAUGACCGGAGCCACCUGA